AUUUGAUGUUUGGUGUUGUUUGAUGUUUUUUGAUGUUUGAUGUUUUUAACGCUGCUGUUUUGAUCUCAGGAGCUCCAGUGGUCUUUGUUCCGGAGGAGCACUUCCUGUUCCUGGUUUGUAGGCGGGGCUCGGAGGUGGCGUGGAGGCAUGGGUCCAUUAGAAUAAACCCCACCAGGCACAGCAGAACCUCCAGUCUGGAUCAGACUAAACACCAGCUGCUCUCAGACGGAACUCUGUAUAUCAGAGAGCUGGAGGAGUCGGACUCGGGCCGGUACUACUGUAACGAUCAGCUGGUAGCUGAGCUCACUGUACUCACAGGUAGUGAUUACGUGGUGAGUGAAGGCAGCACGCUGUAUCUGCCCUGUUCGUUCUCCGCUAAACCGAAGCAGCGCUGGUCGUAUAAACACACGUGGGACUCCAGGCGUGAGUUCAUCUCCACGCUGUAUAAAAACGGCUCGGUUCUGCAGGAGAGAUCAGAUCCGGACAGCAGAUUCAUUCACAACUACAACCACCUGCACAUCAUCAACCUGCAGCCCUCCGACUCCGGCAUCUACCUGUGCAACGGCCACACCGUCGCCUCCGUCAUCAUCAGACCCGCAGUGAUUGAUGUGUAUCAGACGGCUACUACAGAAUCUACUGAUGUAGGAAAGAACAACCCCCACCUGCCGCCGGAAAAAGGUGUGCUGGUGAUUUUCCUGGCGUUCUCUGUGCUGCUGGUGGUGGUGGUCACUCUGCUGUUGGUCACUCUGUGUCUAAAGUUUGGAAACAGAAGGAAAAAUACAGAGUCCAAACCGGAGGAAACUGAGCUGCAGCUGCAGAAGAGUUCAGGUGGAGAUAGAGACAGGAGCUCCAGUAAUGAAGAGCAUCUCGUUUCUGCCAAAGACCACAGCGAGGUCCAGUACGCAUCACUGGGACGCCAUAACUUCAGACCUCGAGGAUGGACAAGAGACAGCCGACAGCAAGUCAUCUAUUCCACACUGAUGCUCACGCCAACCAGCUCUCCAACCAACACCUCCAUUACUCCCAGACUGUAGAUUCAACCAGCUCUCCAACCAACACCUCCAUUACUCCCAGACUGUAGAUCCAUCCAGCUCUCCAACCAACACCUCCAUUACUCCCAGACUGUAGAUCCAUCCAGCUCUCCAACCAACACCUCCAUUACUCCCAGACUGUAGAUCCAACCAGCUCUCCAACCAACACCUCCAUUACUCCCAGACUGUAGAUCCAUCCAGCUCUCCAACCAACACCUCCAUUACUCCCAGACUGUAGAUCCAACCAGCUCUCCAACCAACACCUCCAUUACUCCCAGACUGUAGAUCCAUCCAGCUCUCCAACCAGUACCUCCAUUACUCCCAGACUGUAGAUCCAUCCAGCUCUCCAACCAACACCUCCAUUACUCCCAGACUGUAGAUCCAUCCAGCUCUCCAACCAACACCUCCAUUACUCCCAGACUGUAGAUCCAACCAGCUCUCCAACCAACACCUCCAUUACUCCCAGACUGUAGAUCCAACCAGCUCUCCAACCAACACCUCCAUUACUCCCAGACUGUAGAUCCAUCCAGCUCUCCAACCAACACCUC